GCAAGUAUCAAGCACAGGAGCAUCACACAGCAACCCAAAGACUUACAGAUCCCUUCUUCACAUCUUUGAUCUUCAACCACAGCCCUCAAAAUGCUCUUCGUCCGAAUCACCGCCAUCCUGGGCUUCGCCGCCAGCUUCGCCUCGGCCGUGAACAUCAAGCUCUACGCCAGCUCGCGGACCUGCUCGGGCUCCUACGCCGUGUGCAGCAACGUCGUGUCGGGCACGUGCUGCUAUUCGUCCACGAACCACCGCAGCAUCCGCUUCGACGGCGGGAGCGGCACCAGGAACCUGCGCGGCUUCGUCACCGGCUGCAACAACCUCAUCAUCAGCCAGAACGCCGGCAUCCCCUUUUGCAUGUCCCGCGGCGACGGCGGCAGCCUGAACGGCGGCGUCUGGCGCGCCGCCUCGCUGCUUAGGCGCGGCCCCGCCGAGGACAGCUGCCCCGCCGACCAGGGCGGCUGCAAGGACCCGGCCAAGCCCGACUUGGUGGUCCUCGCCGAUGGGACCGAGUACGACGUCAAGCAGCUGGAUGAUGCCCAGCUCAAGGAAUUGAGUGAUGCCGUUUUUAGUAUGGACCUCGCCUUCACCGAGACCGUCGCCAGCGCCGAGGACAUUCCAAAGGAGUUCGACGCCCUCCGCAUCGCUGCUUAG